GUCACAAGGCAAAACUAGUAAUUUUUGGGGAUUUUACUAUACCACCAGAAAUAAAGCACUGACACAAGUGGAGAAAACACUGCACCGCACUGAACCUCUCUUUCUGUCGAAACUCUCGUCGACCACGUUUCUUCGUGUGCCGUGUGAAGUGAAAUAAACAAACAUGGGUCGUGUACGUACCAAAACCGUCAAGAAGGCGUCCAAAGUUAUCAUUGAGAAGUACUACACCCGCUUGACGUUGGAUUUCGACACCAACAAGCGCGUAUGCGAGGAAAUCGCAAUCAUCCCCUCAAAGCCAUUGAGGAACAAAAUCGCCGGUUUUGUUACGCAUUUGAUGAAGCGUCUGCGUCAUUCUCAGGUGCGCGGAAUUUCCAUUAAACUUCAAGAAGAAGAAAGGGAAAGGCGCGAUAACUAUGUGCCAGAAGUAUCCGCUCUGGAGCACGACAUCAUUGAGGUUGAUCCGGAAACCAGGGACAUGUUGAAGAGCCUGGAGUUCAACAACAUCAGUGGACUGCAACUGACGCAGCCGGCCGCUGGUGGUGGAUUCAACAGGAGAACUUAAUUAUAAUAUCUGAUUUGUUUUGCUAAGAAAUAAAAACAAAAAUAAAAUA